AAACGUCAGAUGAUUUUAGGUGACAAAAAGAUUGCCUAUAAAUACAAGGAGUUUGGUAUGCUAUUUCAAUGUGCUAAACUCAGCUACCAAGUUUUCGUCAGUCACCACCAGUUACAAAUAUCCAUUUUCAUUCUUAUUAAUUAGCUAGCUAGUUGUUUAAGAAAAAAAUGGCUGCAGCCAAAUCUGCUAUCGGUGCUGGAAAGCACGACAUAACGGACCUAGAACCAGUGAAGCCGGCUGACCCUCGUGUGAUCGAGAUCGGACAGUUUGCAGUGACAAAGCACAACGAGGAGGCCGGGACUGAGCUGGUUUUCAUCUGCGUGGUUGGUGGAUUCAUGUGGGGCGUUAUUGGUGGCGCUUACUACGCGCUUAUCAUUGAAACUCAGGAUAGUAGCGGCGCCACAUUCCUCCAAAAAGCAUUGGUUUUUGCGGUCCCAACUGCAGGCAUGAGACUCAUCUGGUACAAGAAUUAAUCAAGCACUACUCUUGAUCAUCAACUGAGGAUCAACGACUUCAAGUACUUUAAUUAUCUAGUGUCUAUAUAUGGUGUGGUUUUCAGUUUAUGCAUGCAUGGAUGAUGUACUGCUAGCAUGCAUGCAUCUCCCCACGAUUGUACUAGUAUGUCAAAUAAGGUGGACUUAAACCAAGAAAAUCAAUGUAAUUGAGACAAAAUAAUGAGAUGCUUAAUAUUUAUAUAUUUUUAGAAACUUGUUUCAUCCUAACCAA